AUGACCUGUGACCUACAUAAAUCAUGUGGUAUUUCUUAUCGAACAUAUGCAGCUUACAAGCCUCAUGUGUAUCGUUAUCACUCAAGCCUGUUGCAUUCAACAAAUGAAGAAAAUUUUUAUUUACUUACUACAAAUAAUACUCAACAGUUAAACAUGGAUCCUAAUACCGACGUGAAUAUAAUGAAUGAUAAUGUAACAAUUAAUACAAUUAAUGAAGAUGACGAAGAUGAUUUUUCAAGUGAUAGUAUUGAAGCUGAUACAUGUAAUGAUGAUCAACAACAACAAGCAACAAAUAUUGAUUCACAAAAUCUAUUCAAAUCAUCUUGUAACGAAGAAAGUAACAUCUCAUUUAUAUUUGAUAUUCAAAAAUCAUUUGCUUUAUUUAUUUUACAAUUACGAGAAGAGUUUUAUCUUCCAAAAAGUACUAUCAAUUCUAUUUCUAAUUAUAUUGUGACCUUGAUCAACCACUUAGAACUUCUAUUCAAACAGAAAACUAUUAGAAACGACUUAGGUAAUGCGAAGAAUAUUUCGUCGUCAAAAACAACCUCCGAUUCAAAUAAUGAUAUUAUUGAAUUAAAAAUUGUGAAGAGUACUAUGAAAGAAUAUAAUCCACCCGAGGAAGUAACGAUAUCAGCUCCCGGUGAGGAUUUAAAAUGUGGUUACUUUGUUCCUAUUGAUCAAACAUUGACAUCUAUAUUGCGAAAUCAAGAUACUGUUGAUCAAAUCUUCGAUAGUAUGAAAAAAAAAGAAGCUACAAUUAAAGAUGAUGAUUUAAUGUUCCCAUUUCGUGAUGGAGAUUAUGGUUCUAGAAUCGAUGAUGAUAGUUUACUUAUACAACUAUAUGUUGAUGACAUAGGUUUAACGAAUCCCAUUGGUGUUAAAAAGGAUCGACACAACAUGUUUAUGGUGAAUUUCUCACUGGAAGAUUUUCCAGAUCAAUAUCGCUCUCAAUUAGAACAAAUUUAUUUAGUUGCAGUUUGUGAAGGUGGAAUACUUAAGAAAAAAAUAUUAAAUAAUCAAUGGAUAUCUUUUGGAAUUUUAUCACAAUCAACACCAAUGGCACCGAAGUCAUAUGAUUCGCCAUCUUUCUAUGGCUGGGGACAAUGCACCACUCAAACGUUUUUGAAGGGUUCAAACCAAAAAGGUUAUGCUGGCUAUGACGGUGAUAUUAAAGAAAAUGAUCUUAUUGAAUUAAUCAUAAAUUCUGAAAUAAGCAAUAUUAAGUUAAUUAACCACCGCUCGACAAAGCGUUAUCAAAUACCAAUUGAUCCAAGCAAGAGUCCAUUCCCUUGGAAGUUGUCUGUUAACCUUGUUAAUAUAAACGAUCGUGUAUGCAUCGCAAGAUAA